AAAGUUAACAAAAGCAGCCGUGAAGUCUCGAACCGUCUCUUCCGAAACUGAUUAUUUCUGCCGCCGAAAAGCAGACUCGCUGCAUAUCGGCCAACAAAAUUUCGGCCGCGAAAAGCUUCAGAUUGUUGUAGAGAGCAACAAACAAACAUGGAGAAGAAAGGUCCGAAAACACGAAGCGAAGUAGAAGAGAAACUUCUUGAGAAAGUAGGAGAAGCAAUCGCAACCGUGAAGAAGGCGAAGCACGUAGACCAAGUCAUCUGCGCACUUCACUCCCUCGCCGUUCUUCUCUUCCCUCUCGACGCCUCUCUUCUCUCAGGUGCUAUUGACGAGCAAUACAGAGAGCAGAUAAUUAGUUCCGAGGCUCCUUCUGCAGCUGAGAGAAGAGAGUGGUGGCAGGCAUUCUACGGAGGAGCUGCAUUUUCGACAUUUGCUCGGUUUCUGUUAAUUGAUCUUGCUUCCAACUGGCUAGCUUGUUUCCCCUUAUCAGCACGUAAACAUGUGUAUGAUGUUUUCUUUGUUCAUGGACUUGCCUCCGAGGUAGUUCAGACCCUGGUCCCUUGUUUGCAGAAGAGUGGAGGUGAUGAUCUUGAUGUUAAGGCCAUUCACUCUAAUACUGAAAGAUUACUCAUACUCUGCUUGCUUGAAAAUAAUGGGGUGCUCCGGGUGGCUAGAGAAUUCGGUGGUUCUUGCCAAUCUGAAGAUUAUAUAAACGAAAAUCUUAAGCCAGCUGUAUCUAGAGUGGCACAGAUUGUUGCAUCCAUACCUGACAAAGCACAAUUGAGAGCUCCAACUUCUCUUUCUUCACAUUUGUUCUUCAAGCAAGUUACAGUUCAGCUUCUUUCUCUAGCAGAAGAGAGGAAUACAAAUCUAUUAGAUGGAGCGUUUCUUAAAAGUGACAUGAAUGGGACAUUACUAUUUGCUGGGGAAACAUUUUCUCGUAUAUGUCGACGUGGAUCUGUAGAUGUACUUUUAAGCGAGAUAAUCCCCCGGAUUCUUGGUCACGUACGGAGCUUAUUAUCAUCAAAUAUAGAGCCAGUUGUCUCAGAUGUUUUUGAAUCAAACCCAGAAUCCCAAUUUUGGCUGAAUGUGAUACAAGCAAUGAGCGAUUCAUAUGCUGUAGAAAGAAUGUCUGAGCAACUUUUGCAUCAGCUUGCAUCUGAACGUGUCAGUGAUGUUGAAGCCUACUGGAUUCUUUGGCUAUUAUUUCAUCGGGUUUCUCAAUACCAGAUAUCAGUAAGGUCAAUGUUUUCUGACAAAUUUUUACUCUGGAAAGUAUUUCCUGUUUGCUGCCUGCGAUGGAUCCUUCAGUUUGCUAUUCUUGAACGCCCACCUGAUAGUAAUUCACUCGCUAAAGGUCACAAUACCCGAAAUUUCUUGGACACAUUGCAGCAUCUGGUAGCAGUAUGGUCAAAAAAGGAGUUUGUGCAAUCAGCCCCAAUGGAGCAGCAAACUUAUGUAUCUGCAGCUGUAGGCCUUUCCCUGGAGAAGAUGUCUAAAGAGGAACUAGACGAGACUAAGGAUGUGAUGCACUCAAUUCUCAAAGGAGUGAGCUGUAGGCUGGAAAGCCCAAAUCAUUUAGUUCGGAAAAUGGCCAGCAGUGUUGCUCUAGUGUUCUCCAAGGUGAUUGACCCCAACAAUCCUCUAUACCUUGAUGAUAGCUGCACUGAGGACACUAUCAACUGGGAAUUUGGGUUGUCUACCCCUGAGAAAGUGACUUCAGGAACCUCAAGUUGCAUACAACAGGGUAUAGACAAUCCUGAAGCAUCUACUACCUCAGUGCUGGAAAAGGACUUAACCCGUAAAGCCAAUGAUGGUAUAUCAAGUAAUGGGAAGAGUAAAAAUAGGAAAUCAUAUGAACCGAAGUUGGUUGACCCAGACGAGAUCAUCGAUCCAGUUACACUAAAUUAUGAGUCGGGCUCUGAUGACAAUGAAAAUGACGAUGCUAGUGAGAGUUCUGAUGUUUCAAGUGAGUCAUCUUUACAGCCAUAUGAUUUGUCAGAUGAUGACACAGAUUUGAAAAGAAAAUUUUCACAGUUGGUUGAUGUAGUUGCAGCACUUCGGAAAUCCGAUGAUGCUGAUGGGGUGGAGAAUGCUCUUAAUGUUGCUGAAAAACUUGUCCGAGCAUCACCUGAUGAGCUUAAGCACGUAGCGAGUGAUCUUGUGAGAACUCUUGUACAGGUUCGUUGUUCUGACUUGGCUGUAGAAGGUGAGGAAGAUUCAGCUGAAGACAAGAGACAAAGAGCAUUGGUUGCUUUGCUCGUGACAUGUCCAUUGGAAUCUCUGGAGACAUUAAACAAACUACUGUAUUCUCCUAGUAUAGAUGUCAGUCAACGCAUAAUGAUACUUGAUGUCAUGACGGAGGCUGCUCAGGAGCUUGCUCAUUCCAAAAUUAUGAAGCCUAAACAGGCUAAGGCACUCAUAUCAACCACGUCAGAGACCCAGGCUUGGUUCUUGCCUAGUGACAUAGGGCCUGCUGGAGCUGGUUCCUGGAAAGAGAUUUCAGAAUCAAAAUCUUUACUGAAUUGGACAAAUCGUUAUGAGAGGGAACUUCCUUCAAAACCUGGUCAGAUUAAGAGAGGAAAGACGCGCCAGAGGAGCCUAAAAUCAGCAGAUUGGCAAGAAGCCCAAAUAGAAUGGUCCCAUAAUAAAUUUCCAGUGUAUGCAGCAGCGUUUAUGCUCCCUGCCAUGCAGGGCUUUGAUAAGAAAAGGCAGGGUGUUGACUUGCUUGAUAGAGACUUUCUCGUCCUGGGGAAACUCAUCUAUAUGCUUGGAGUUUGUAUGAAAUGUGCAGCCAUGCAUCCAGAAGCAUCUGUACUCGCUGCCCCUCUUCUAGAUAUGCUAAGAUCCAGGGAGAUAUGUCAUCACAAGGAAGCUUAUGUUAGAAAAGCUGCCCUUUUUGCAGCUUCGUGCGUACUGCUAUCACUUCAUCCCUCUUAUGUAGCAACCUCUUUGGUUGAAGGAAAUGUUGAAAUUUCUAGCGGGCUUGAAUGGGUGCGCACAUGGGCCCUUCAUGUAGCUGAAUCUGACAGUGAUAGAGAGUGCUACACGAUGGCUAUGGCAUGCCUGCAACUCCACGCUGAGAUGGCCCUCCAAGCUUCCCGAGCACUAGAGUCAGCGGAAAGUACAUCCAUGGCGAAGAAGAAUAUCGGGCUACCUUCCAGUCUAUCCAAGGGGACAAUUAUCAUCCCCCACUCCAAUGUCAUCAAAUACUAAAGCUUAUUGGUUUUAUCAACCAAAAUGAUCGAAAUUAUGUCGGCCUUCUGUUUGUACAGUUCACGCCGCUGGUUAAUAUCACUGUUUUUCUUCUCUUUCGAAAUUGUCGAUUUGUAUUUUCUCCUCAGAAACUAGCAAUGAAGAUUUACUUCUCAAGUUUGAA